CUAUAUCGGGUACUGAUGUGCAAAUGAACACUGCACAGAUCCAGGGUGCAGAGGUCGGGGUGGGGAGAGCAGGCAGUAAUGCAGACAAUAGACACAGUCCAAACAUUGCAGACAGUGCCAGUGUUACAAGGGCAUUAGAAGGCAGUGAUGAGGUCCCCCACUGUCGUGUCAUCAAUAUACCUGAUAAUAUGAUUACUGCAGUUGUGGGUCAGCAAGGUGUAUAGCAGUGGGCUGAGCAUGCAACGUUGUGGUAAAUGCAGGAUAGGUUAAUGCUUAAUUGUUGUAAUGCCCCAAUUAAAAUAAAACCAGUAGUAUUUGAUUUGGCAGUAUUUAACUUAUUUUGCAUACGCUUUUUGUUACAAUCAAGCGGUGUAACAUCACGUCAGAAAUAAUGACACGUGAUACAUGUUUAUGGAUUGGUAUGUCUCCAUUUAGAAAGAAUAGUGAUUACCAUCUAAACUCUUAUGCAGAUGUUUCUCCGCAAUUUCCGUUUACAAGAAAUGCAUCGCGUCAAAAUCGCAUCUUGCAGAGGCAAUUGGUGACGUCACAAGCCGAUUACCUCACUCGGUCACGUGAAUUUACUACGCGCGUCCUCGUGCGUCCUCGUUCGGUCUGCUUGGGUGGAGGCGCGCGAGUCGGGUCGCUUCACCCCCCCCACCACAGUCAGGUCAUGUCUUUAACAAUGGAGAUGGAUGUCAGUGGCAUGUCCAGGGCACCCGUGUCCGUCCUGCCUGCUGCGGAGGCCAAAGCCGCCUUGAAGGCUGGUCCUGAGAAACCACGCUGUGCCAGCACGCCCUGCUCCCCCAUUAAAAGCACAGUCUCGGGAUACCAGAUUGUUCACAUGAACUCCAACUACCUGGUAGGCUUCACCACUGGGGAGGAGCUCCUGAAACUGGCCCACAAGUGGUCGAGCACUGAGAACCCCGGAACCGAGUCCUUGCCGAGCCUGUGCUCUAAACCACUGGAUCUAGGUCUCCAGCGAGCCUCCCGAAUAUACAGAACCAAGAGCCGAUACUACCAGCCUUACGACAUUGUGGCGGCCACCGGGCAGAGGCGGAGGCGAAUGCCCAGCUCAAGUGACAGCUACCUCAAGCCAUUGCCCACGGAGCCCGGCAAGGUGCUUCACGGACCCCUGCCGCUCUGCCUUCUCAAAGGGAAGAGGGCGCAUUCGAAGUCUCUUGACUACCUCAACCUGGACAAAAUGAGCAUCAAGGAAUCUGUGGACACGGAGGUCCUGCAGUACCAGUUGCAGCACCUUACCCUCCGAGGGGAGCGCGUGUUUACGAGGAACAAGACUUGAAGGAGGGGCCUGGGGGGUCGGGGGGUGAGGGUGAAGCAGAGGAUGGGCGUGCUGUGGGUUUGGUCACUUCCCACAAGACUCCACCUCUGAUGCUAUGAUCAGCACCUCCCAGGAGCAUGGGCAGUUCUCCAAACUGACAUUUGUGUUAUUUAUCUCUUGUCUCGUGAACCAUUGCCUAUGUGGGUUACACCUGAGAUUACACGAUGCACACAAAAAAAUUGCUUAAAUCAGCAAAUGAGUUUGCAGUGUGUGGCAUUAAAGGAGUAAUUACAAAUGGUUAGAUUAAGUUCCAAGAGUAGCAAUAACCUGAGUGCUCCUUUGUUUUUGUUUUGUUUUUUUUUCUCUCUUUCGCAAUGCAUCUAUUGCAGAAUUUGUAUUUUUCUGCCUCUGAUUGCACUGUUAGACAUCUUGAAUAUUUAUGAAAAUAUUGCCUCUGAACUUAAAAGCACACCUCUUCUUCACCUGACCCGACAUGUUGGAUAUUAGCACACCUAGGAAACUCGCCUGUGUGAAUCAUACGACAUCUUUAGUAAUUUUAUGUAAAACACUGACUGUUAUAUAAUCAUAAGGUUAUUUAAAAGAGUAUUUGGAGGGAUUUGUGAAGAAGAAGCUUAUUGGCAAAGUGCUUAAAAUAAGAUCAGUUAUAUCCAGAAUUAAUCCUUAUCACUGUUCCUACAAAUAUGCCUGAUACUGAACAGGAAUACAUUAAUCUGCCAGUUUUAUUUGAUUUUGUAUCCUUUUCUGCGUGCGUGUGAAUGUGUAGAUGUAUGAGCUUUCAAAACAUCUUUUUAGUGAAAGUGGAUGGCUAUUAGAAAAUUGAAAAUUAGAGAAGUGGAAGGUUAAGGCCCUAUGUGUGCACAAUUAGUUUUAUAAGAAACUUCUUGUACAGGUUUAUAGAUCCCAAACACAUAGCUUUAGAAACCAAAGGAGUUGAUGAAUAUCCUGUAAAAACUUGAUAACCUUCUGAUGACUUUUUGAUAACUUUGUUUUCAUUGCAUAAAACAAAGGACAAUCAGUGGGAGUUUUCAUCCCUGGAGUAGGUUGACGUAACAUGGCUAGGCCCUGUUGAGCAAAACUUUUUCCCGCCAAAUGUGAACUUUGACUCGGUCAGUAGAUUUAAUAUUAAGAUCAAAUUUCAUUUCUUAAUUUCUGAGUAAGUAAAAAAAAUUUUUUUUCAGACUUUUCUUUCAAAUUUUAUUUCAAAACUAUUUUAGAUCCUGGUUUUGUUAAUUCUGCUUAUCAAAAAACUAUUUGCAGCUAAUACAGUGCUGGUGUGCUCUCAUAUGUUUACUAAAAGGUGGUUUGUACAUUUUUUUUUCUUGUCUAUUUUUCUUACAGCUGUUGUCCAUGUAGACGUUACUGUUGUUUUAAACACUUGUAUUCCUUUGAGUAAAAGUGCUACUUGUAAAGGCACAGUUAAAGCACCUUAAACUAUAAUGCAUAAUGUCUAAAAGUAAAGUGACUGUCAUCCUGAGCAUCUGAACAUUACAAAACUUUUGCAAAUCACUGACUGUUAAGCAUUUUUCAGUAACAAAUGUGUUAAUAUUUGUUGGACAGUAAUUGCCAGUGAUAUAGUACUGUGCAAAAGCUUUAGGCACUGGGGGGGGGGACUGUAAAGUGAGAAUGCU